AUGGAAGAAAUUGUAAUGAAGCAGGAUGGAGAGGAUGAUGAGGACGAGGAAAUCAUUUUUAGCAAACUGAAGCUUUUGGAACUUCGCUCUCUAGCAAGAUUGAAGAGAUUUAAUGGCCACAGAGCCAUUCAUGCUCCGCAGCUUCAAAGCAUUCGAGUGGAUAGCUAUGAUCAUCAUAAACAUAUUUGGAUGACUGAUCUUAACAAUACCAUCCAACAUCAGUUUAUGACUCAAGAGGUAACUUCCACAACCCAACUCAUGGUGUUAAAUGCAGAAAAUAUCACAAGGAUAGGGGAUGUCUUUCCUAAAGUGAGAAGUCUUUCUGUAGAAAUCUUCCAAGAUGAAGGAGUACUCUUUCCCUAUAGAUCCCUAGAAAGAUUUCCCCAGUUGGAUGGUCUUAAUGUGGAGCAAAGUUCAUUCGAGGAGAUAUUCCCCUCACAGGACCAGGUUAUUGAUUUUAUGGAGAAAAUUCCUCCGUUUAAGGGAUUAUACAUUUCCAAUUUGGAUAAGCUCAAGAGUAUAUGGAAAGAUGAUUCUCAACUACCACCAAUUCAUCAAAACUUGGCAAGCCUCGAGGUCAAAAAUUGUUGUAAUUUGGUCAAGUUGACACCAUCCUCUGCUUCAUUUGAAAAAUUGAGAAGCCUAUCCGUAUCUGGAUGUCAUCAGCUCAUCCAUUUAGUGACAAGUUCAAUUGCCAAAAGCUUGGUGAGACUUAAAUGGUUGAAGAUAAAGGAUUGCAAAAAGAUGGAGGAAAUUGUAAAGAAUGAGACCAAUGGAGAUGUAGAAGGUGGAAUCACAUUCAACCAAUUGCAUGGGAUCAGACUUAUUGAUAUGCUAAGCUUGAAGAUGUUUUCUUCACAAAGUUGCACCUUCGAAUUCCCAAAAUUAGAAGAUAUAGAAGUAACUGGAUGCCCUCAAAUGAAGAAGCUUGGUCGAGGAGUAUUGAAAACACCAAAAUUAUCUAAAGUGAAAAUAGAAGGAUGUGAUAUGGAAUGGGAGAAUGAAGGAGACCUUAACAAAACAAUAGAAAUGCUAUCCUUAGCAAAAGUAUGA